GACGUUUUACUACUAGCCUUAAAUAUAUUUUUCUUCUGCCAACAAAACACGAAUCUUCUAUCGUCUGUUUUCUAGUUCCGUGAAAUAAAAAUGGUUGAAGACACAAACAUUCAAGAAAAUCCUGAAACUCCAGCUGAAAAUGAUUCAACAACCAUCAUCGAAGCACCUAAAGUGUUCACUUUGGAGAUCCUUCAUAUGAUCAAGGAUUCCCAACAACAACAUGGGUUGCGGCAUGGAGAUUUCCAGCGUUAUCGUGGUUAUUGCACCAGACGAAUUCGUCGUCUCAGGAAAGCAUUGAAAUUCCCCCAAGGAGACAAGCGACACUUCAAGCGACGUGAUGUGACGGUCGCCAAUUUGACUGGCAAGCACGCCGACGAGAAGUACAUCCAUAUUCCAUUGAUAUCGGCUGAGCGCGCUUGGGCCUACGCCAUGCAGCUACGUCAAGAAUCCAACACAGAGGUAAGGAAGAAGUUCCAUUUGGUGAACAAGCUACGUCGCGCUUGUUUCUACGCUCUCCAGCUACAGGAGCUUUGCAAUACUGAAUCAUUUGAUGCCCGGACCAAGCUGGAAUGUGAGGCUUACGUUGCCUGGAUGCAUGGUACUCUGCAUUUUGAGCUGUCCCUGUGGGCUACGGCUGGAGAAUACUUCAAGAAGGCUCAGGUCGUCUACGAGAAUCUUGCUCAGGCUCUGCCCGACGACGAACAGGCCCUGUACAAGGCAAAGGUCGACGAGUUGACGCCAUCGUUGCGUUACUGUGCGUACAACAUUGGUGACUCAUCCAACAUGGAUGAUUUGCUAGAGAUGCGUGCCAAGGGUCUUCUCGAAAAUCUGGACGUUCUUGUCAACCAAACCAAAAAUGAGAGCAGUGAAGGAUUGCAAACCAUUGAAUGGCGCAAUCGUAAGGUCACAGUUCGUCCAGAGAAGGUGCGUUUGUUCCUUCUGAGUGUCCAGGAGCUGGACAAGAGCCUCGAAAAGGCCAAAUCACCCGAGGCCAAGAUCGAACUCAUCGAGAACACUUUGAUGGACUGCAAAGACGCCAUCACCGCCGUCAAAGAAGAGAUCAAACAAGACCCCAAACUGCGCUCGGUCACAACUGGCCAAACAGUUACCGGAAUCCAAUACCUUUUGGCCUAUCUGUCGUACAUUCGCUUGAGCCGCACUCUGGAGCGUAAUAUGUGUCUGGUCGAACAAGCCAAGGCCAACUUCGAGGAUCCCAAUCAGGGAAAAGCCAAGACUGCCAUCGAGGGAAAACGUGUUCGCCCACAAGACCUCACCAGGUUAUUCGAAAUCAUCCUUCAGAACAUCACAGAAAUGCAACAAAUCUCUGGCAUGGAAGAUGACUCCAAGUACCAAAAGGAAAUCGAAGUUCUAGCUCUGGGAUUCAAGGCUUUCCGUUGCUAUUACAUCGCCCUGACUUUGGUCGACAUGAAGAAAUGGAAGGAGGCCGUCGCCCUCUACGAACGUUCGAUGAAAUACGCCAGCGAAGCCAUGAAAUCCAACCCACCCAAGCAAUACAACCUGAGUGCCGAUUUGCCAAAACUGAUUUCCACCAUCGAUGGAUGCAAAUUCUCUGCCCACGCCUACAGUGUCCUCGAGGACGACAACUCCGAGGAUUCGAUCUUCACAUCAAAAGCUCAGAAAUCAACAAAACCCCUCUACGAACGACUAUCCCAAUACAAGGAGGACCAAUCACUCAACACAAAGAAUCCAAAUGUGUACAAGUUGACCCCAGAAAUGCAACCGAUUCCAUGCAAACCGUUAUUCUUCGAUUUGGCAUUGAAUUAUGUAGAAAUGCCAUCAUUGGAAGAUAAAUUACAAUCGCCCGGCAAAAAGGGUGCCGCUUCAAUUUCUGGCUUUGUUAAGGGAUUCUUGGGUUGGGGUGGAAACAAGUAAAAUAACCGAAAAGAACAAGUCGAACAAAAAUAUUGGGAGCAACCUCAAGGCCGAGAGAAGUCGUUGGAAUUGGUAUUUUUUUCUCGUUUAAUUUGUAAUUUGUAUUUUAAUAUUUUUCAUUAAAAAAGUUUUGCAUGUUGCAAUAUUUAGGAAAGUCAAUGCUUUUUGAAAGAAA